CGUGGUCAGUGCUGCAAAACGUGCUGCCAUUGUCAUCAUGAUAAAUUGUAUUAUUUUCAGAUUAACGCUGAUAAGAUAUAGUUAAUUCCAAUCGGGCUUCAGUAACGGCCUUCCGGAAUAGUAGUUCAGUGAUAUUUAAGUUAAUUACACGGGUGCUGCCAACGAGCGGAUAAAUCUGAUAAGUAGGCAGUGCAUUUCUGUGCAAUAACUGCAACAAGUGGAAUUUUUGACUUUAAAUACAUAUAAUAAGAAAGGGGAACAACCGCUAAAUCCUUGCCAAACUGGACGACUUUGAGUUGGACGAUAUAGACGAUUUCGCCAUGGAUUUCUGGGGCAUUUUCAUGUUCUUCCUGCUCACCUUCCUCAUCAUGAGUUGCUGCGGAUAUUGCUGCACCACCAGACGCCAGGGUGCCGUUCUGUCCACGCCUGUGGUGGUGACCUCCGCCACCCACACGGCUCCCGGCGGAUAUCCGGUCACACAGCUGCCUCCGCCGGGCUAUCCGUCGGGCAAUGCCUACGUAACUGCGACCUCGUACCCCGCACAGACCACCGGCAACGUGACUGUGCAGAUGCCCAUGCCGAUGAACCACCAGAGCCAGCAGCAAAUGCCAAUGCCAAUGCCGAUGCCGGGUCAGCAAACGCAUGGCGUGGCCUAUCCGUCGUAUCCUUGCGCCGAAGCUGCCAACAUGAAUCCUCCGCCGUAUGACAUGGCCAUGGCUAAUCCUGGACCUAGUGUUAUGCCCGCUGGAUAUGAGAAGCAAGCUCCAUACAACCCCCACUUUAGCCAGUGAAAUCCCACUGUUAACUGAAAGUGAAACUAUAUUUGAGGAUCCCCUUUCCGUCUCGUUAUAGCUUUUUUACUCAGCUGAACACUUUACUUUCCAUGUUUCCUUGCAUAAUGUAUUCCC